CCCAGGUUGCUUGCGUGAACACCAGGCCUAUUGCUCCUUCUCUGCAUAGGUGGGGACUGAAAUGCUCUAACUCCAUCAGCACGUUUGUUCUCUCUGUGCUGGUCCAGAGCCUGGAAACGUGGGCCUGCUCCGGUCACUGCAGUUCCCAGAAGUCAGGCACUGAGGGUGAAAGGCCAAUAAGGAUCGGAGUCCAACAGCCGGACAAACACAGCAGAGCCAGUGGGACGCCCCCUCCCCCAGCAUCCGCAAGCAAAUAGACUGGGAGAAGCCACAGCCUUAGGGCUCAGACCGGAGCAGGCUCGGGCAGGACGGUGGUGCCAUGAGGCUGUACCUCCUCUUGGCUGCCCUCUGCCAUGGGAUGGGUAGCAGCAUCCUGUUGCAGAAGAUGUACGGGCAGUUUGCCUCCCCUGACUUCCCCAAUGUGUACCCCAACAACAAGGAGAGGAUCUGGGACAUCAGUGUCCCCAAGGGCUACACCAUCCGCCUCUACUUCACCUACUUCAACUUGGAGCUGUCCUACCUGUGUGAAUAUGACUAUGUCAAGCUGAGCUCUGGAGGACAGCUGGUGGCCAAGCUGUGUGGGCAGGUGAGCACGGACACGGAGGAGGCUCCGGGCAACAAGACGUACCACUCUGUCGACAACACUCUCACCGUUACCUUCCGCUCUGACUACUCCAAUGAGAAGCAGUUCACAGGCUUCGAGGCCUUCUACGCUGCUGAAGAUGUGGACGAGUGCAAACUGCUGGUGGAUGGGGAGCCGCUGUGUGACCACUACUGCCAUAACUACCUGGGUGGCUACUACUGCAGCUGCAGGGUGGGCUAUGCGCUCCUUAAGAACAAGAGGACAUGCACAGCUCAUUGUCAAAGCCAGUCUUUCACCAAGAGAUCUGGAGAAAUCACCAGCCCCAACUAUCCCAAGGCUUAUCCCAAACUCUCCUCCUGCAGCUACAGUAUCCGGGUGGAAGACGGCUUCAUGAUCAUCCUGGAAUUUGUGGAAACCUUUAAUGUGGAAGUGCACCCAGAGGCAUUGUGUCCCUACGAUGCCCUUAAGAUUAAAACACCAAAAAAGCAGUACGGCCCAUUCUGUGGACAGACUUUGCCUCCGAAAAUUGAGACAGGAAGCAACGCUGUUGAUAUUACUUUCACCACUGAUAUCUCAGGAGACCACACUGGAUGGAAGAUCAAAUAUACUACAACAGCUCUGUUGUGCCCUAAUCCUAAAGCACCACCCAAUGGCCACAUCAGACCAGUGCAAGCACAAUACAUUCUGAAGGAUUAUUACGAUCUGUCUUGUGAUGCUGGAUAUGUGCUGUUGGAAAAUGAACUGGUUGUGAAAUCUUUUAAAGCAGAAUGUCAAAAGGAUGGUUCCUGGAAUAAGCCGAUGGCAAAAUGCAUCAUUGUCAACUGCGGCCCGCCUGAGGACAUAGACAAUGGCACUGUUACAUACGUCACAAGACCUGAAGUGACCACUUACAAAGCUGAAAUCCAGUACAAGUGCGAGGGCCCCUUCUACACUAUGAAAGAGAAGAGUAACGGUAAAUACCAGUGCAGUGCUGAUGGAUUCUGGAAGAAUUCCAAGGGAGAAAAAACACUUCCCAUCUGUGAGCCAGUUUGUGGAACACGAACUGCGACAUCUUUGCUACGUAUAUAUGGAGGAAAAAGGGCAAAACCUGGAGAAUUACCGUGGCAGGUCCUGUUAACUGAUGAAAGAGGAAGAGCAGGGGGUGGUUCCCUUUUGUUAGACAACUGGGUUUUAACAGCUGCUCAUGUUGUUGCUGAGCAGAGAAACCCAUUGUCCUUGACCAUCAAAAUGGGGCUUCUUAACAAAUAUUCAGUUCGUUACCAGCAAGCCUGGGCAGAAGCAAUUUUUGUUCAUGAAGGUUAUAAAAAUGAUGAUACCAAUUUUAACAAUGACAUUGCAUUGAUUAAACUGAAGCAUAAAGUCCCAAUUAAUGCAAACAUCACACCCAUUUGUUUGCCAGGAGCAGAAGCAAGAUUUCAGGUGAAAACAGAUGAGAUGGGACUUGUAUCUGGCUGGGGAAAAACUGAGAAAGGGCUCUCUUCCAAUUACCUACUGUAUGCUGAAUUAACAGUUACUGAUCAGCAAAAAUGUAAAAAUCUAUAUGCAAACAAGCGAGCUGCCAAUGGAAAACCUCUGAUAGUAACAGAAAAUAUGUUUUGUGCAGGAGCUGAAGGAGAGGGGAAGGAUUCUUGUCAGGGUGAUAGUGGGGGACCAUUCACUUUCUUAGACAGUCAGACUAAGAAAUGGGUCAUUGGUGGGAUCGUGUCUUGGGGCCUAGAGUGUGGCGUGGCUGAUCAAUAUGGAGUAUACACAAAUGUGUAUAACUACAUUUCAUGGAUUCAAAAUAUUAUGGUAAACAAUUCUUAAACCAUUUUAAGUUUGCAGUACUUAAGGGAAAAGGGAGCAGAGAGAGAGUUUCUAUUUUGCAUUGGCACCCACACAUUUAACAGAUCAUCUUCUAAUUUUUGAGCAACUUCAAGUUUACAGGACAUCUGUCAGGCAUUAGAAAUGCUUUCAGGUUUUAUAGUAGUCCAAGUGCUUAAGCCAACUUUUUGUAAUUUUACACUGAAAUGGUGUUUUUCAUGUUAGUUCUUACG